GAAUUCUACGUUCAUUGCUCUGAGCUAUCUGACUUUUUCCGGCACUGGCGAAGAUAGGAAAAAAGAAAUGGACCAAACGCCAAGGUCUCGUCGGACCCGUAAACCUCAAGCCACAGUGGUUUACAAAGAAGUUAACGAAGAAGGUGAAGAUGUCUCUUCCAUCCAUCAUCCCUUCAAAUGUGUGUCGAAACGCUUUGCCGUUGGUCCUUCCGACGAUGACGACGGAGAUGGAGAUUUUGGAACCAUGAUCGUUAAGACGGAUCGUGAUCGUAUCUCUCUCGGUGAAAAGCCGUCUUCGUUUAGGACACCGCAGACAGGAGCAGGAGAUGGAAUGGACGUUGAUGAUGAGGAGGAGGAGAAGGAGGAUGAAGACUGUAAUGGGGAAAGUUUUGGGACGUUCGUUGUGAGAUCAACGGUGAGGAGCGAGAUGGAAGGGAGUGGAACGGUGGUGGUGAACAAAGCAGUGGCGAGUAUGGGAGAGUUAGGUUUUGCUAAACAAAAGAAAUCUACUAGUACUUCAACAAUGUCUCUUCAAGGGGAAGAUAAUAGGUUCUUGCAAAAUAAUAAGGUUCCGGUGAGUUCAGUUACCGACUACGUUAUUAGAGAAGAUCCAUCCACAAAAUAUGAGUUACUCAAUGAACUCGGAAAAGGAUCUUAUGGGGCAGUUUAUAAGGCUAGAGAUAUAAGAACUUCAAAGCUUGUUGCCGUUAAGGUUAUAUCUUUAACAGAAGGGGAAGAAGAGUAUGAAGAAAUUCGUGGUGAAAUUGAAAUGUUGCAGCAAUGUAGUCAUUCAAAUGUUGUUCGAUACUUUGGGAGCUAUCCCGGGGAAGAAUAUCUUUGGAUAGUAAUGGAAUACUGUGGAGGUGGAAGUGUAGCUGAUUUGAUGAAUGAUACACAGGAGCCUUUAGAGGAGAAUCAGAUAGCAUAUAUCUGUCGUGAAGCUUUAAAGGGUCUUUCUUAUUUGCACUCAAUUUUUAAAGUCCACAGAGAUAUUAAGGGUGGUAAUAUCUUGUUAACAGAACAAGGAGAGGUGAAGUUGGGUGAUUUUGGAGUAGCAGCACAACUUACAAGGACCAUGUCAAAGCGCAACACAUUUAUUGGCACUCCGCAUUGGAUGGCUCCAGAAGUUAUUCAGGAAAGUCGGUAUGAUGGGAAGGUUGAUGUGUGGGCACUUGGUAUAUCUGCAAUUGAAAUGGCCGAGGGGCUUCCUCCAAGAUCAGGAGUGCAUCCAAUGAGGGUUUUAUUUAUGAUAUCGAUUGAGCCAGCCCCGAUGCUUGAGGACAAGGAGAAAUGGUCUCUUGUCUUCCAUGAUUUCGUUGCUAAGAGCCUCACAAAAGAUGCAAGCUUACGCCCUAGUGCAUCUGAGAUGCUGAAACACAAAUUUAUUGAGAAAUGCAAAUGUGGAGCUUCUGUAAUGUUACCGAAGAUUGAGAAUGCAAAGCAAAUAAGGGCUGCAAUGGAACAUGCACAAACUCUUGCUCCUGCAGAUUCAGGACUUAAUACACUGGAAAGUUCAAACUUGAAAGAGGGUUAUGGAUAUACUGUUCCAUCAAAACCUCAGAAUAUGGGUCUUCAAGUUGCAAAUCAGACUCCUGCAACAGGCACUUUGAAGAAGUCUCACAUAUUAAAUGGCAUGGACAUGACAGGUGAAGGGGACUUCGGCACUGUAGUAGUUCAUUCUGGGGAUGAGUUGCGAGAGUCAUUUUCUCAAAGUCAACCUCAUUGUGGUAAACAAGCACCAACCGUUCUUGAAAAUACUGAAAACACAGUGCUUAAUGGCACGAGGCGCCAGUUAAAUGAAUCACAAAGAGGAAAAGUUCGUAUGGAAGAACUAAAUUUAAAGGUUCAGGGACCUUCUUCUUCAAUACUUUUCCAUCCUGAGCAAAACCUGAGGGCAGACAGUGUUCCACAGGCAACGGAGAAAAGCGGCAGCCAAGUCGGUAGUGGCACGUUGAAGAACGAAACUAUCGGCAAGAAAAAUGGUUUCGCUUUGCAAGAUAAGCUCUUUUCAAUAUAUGCAGCUGGUAAUACAGUACCUAUUCCAUUCUUGAGGGCCACAGAUAUAUCCCCAAUUGCCCUUUUGUCAGAUAAUUUUCUUAGAGCCGUGCAGCAGGAUUUUAAUGGAACUGUGGCAUUAGGACCACUCCAAGAACUUUUUGCUGGUGAUGGACAAUCAAAAAAAGGCCGAAGAGCUCAUAAUGAGAUGCAACUUCCUCCGAGUGUUUACAAAAGACUAACUUCAAGUUCUACACUGAUGAAUCUGGCACAGGCUCUAGCUUAUCACAAAAUGUGCUAUGAUGAGAUGCCUCUUCAAGAGUUGCAGGCGGAUCAGGAGCAACAGACCACUCAAAACUUAUGCGACACGUUACGAACCAUUCUCCGGUUAUAGACGGUUAUCUGCAUCAUUUGUUGUUCUAUGCUUCUGCUAUUAUCCUAUGGAAUUAAGAAUUUUGCAGGGUUAUGCUGUAUAGGUUAAAUUGCAUGAUGGCAAAAAGGAAAUACAAUCAAAUUGUCUUGGUCGUAUGUUUCCCACACCAUCUGUGAUAAGAAAUAAAUG